CGACGAACAUACGUCAAAAGCAGACGAUGAAAACGACGAACAGAUUUCGGAGCGCGAGCGUGUAACAGAGAUGGCAACAGCAAUGGACCAGCAGAACAAUGUGACCAGAGUAGCUGAGCAGAAAAUAAAUAAUUGGACUUAUGCUGGCUACCAGAUGGCUAAGGAAAUGCUGCUGAAAUAUAAUGGCGGACCAGACAUACAAAAUUGGAUUGUACAAUUAAAUAGUGUGUCUGCAUUGUGUGGACUCAGCGAGAAUCAACGUCAUUUGCUUUGCGUUGGAAAACUUAAGACCAAUGCACUACAAUGGCUACAUGCACACCCAAAACGUAUGUAUAUUGGAGCCAGUGGACAAGUUGUUGGACGAGUUGGUGAUGGCGUUUGGUUCCAGGAAAUCGAAAGCAGAGUUGCGGCGUGCUUUUGAGGCCCAGGUCUGGAGAGAGACCGAGCGAUUUUCAGAAUACUUUGAGAAUAAGGUGAAGCUAGCCCAACACGUCAAUAUUGAGGACGACGAGCUACUAGAUUUCAUCAUAGAGGGAAUUCCAUUGGAGAGCAUGCGUAUACAAGCGCGUGUACAAUGUUUUGACAAGCCAAACCAGUUGUUAAAAGCAUUUGCGGAGGCUCGGCUGCCAAGUAAGAAGUUCGUCGAGAGGCAAAACAGGGUACCCAAGGACUCGAGGUGCCACAAUUGUAAUUCAAGAAAUCAUUGGGCGAAGGAUUGCCUAAAACGUUUACGUGUUCGUGGAUCUUGUUAUGGGUGUGGUGUCAAGGAGCACCUCAUAGCGCAGUGCCCGCAAAGGAAGAAGCCAAAGGACGAAGUAAACAAUUAUAGUGCCUCAUAGAUUCGGGCAGUGCCAUUUCGUUUAUAAAAACAUCAAAAGUGCCUAAGGAUGUGCAGCUAAAUGAUAAUUUUGAAAACUUUUGCGGGCUAAAUCAAAG